AUGCCCACUCUUCAGGGCUCUUUCUCCCCAUAUGCCCCACGCAGGCGCCGCUCGCCGCGCGUAGUCAUCACCUGGGUCGGUGUCUGGCUCCUCGUCCUUGCACUAACGUGGUGGUUUGCGACGCGGCAGUCUGCGGCAGCUGAUAUGGCAUCAUCGUACGCGGACGCGGUUAUCAAAGGCAAGGAACUCCCUCUGGAGGCCGGUGGUGACUGA